AUGUCGUCGACACCAGCUACCGAAAGCAGAAAGAUGCGCCAACGUAACUCGGAGGCCAGUCACAAGAUGAGCACUCGUUGCCACCCAUAUCCACUUAAGAGUGAGAAGUUGGAGAUUGAGGCAUUGAGGGAGGAGAACGAACAACUCCUUCGACAGGUUGAACAGCUUCAGAAGGCGGAACUUCAGCAUCAGGAGAAUUAUCGAUUGGUCGUUGAGGACUACAACGGAUUGUUGGAAGAGAAGGAAAGAGAAAAUGGAGAGCUCCGAGAGCAAGUUCGACAACUGGAAGAGUCGGAACUCAAGUAUCAACAAUUGGUAGAAGACUGGAAUCGAUUGGUUGGAGACUAUGACCAGUUGAAAGCAGAAGCAGUGAGACUGGAGGCGGAGAUUGUGGAGACGAACGAGAAAUUCGAGGAAUACUCGAAAGAGAUGGUUGAAAAGCUGGAAGAGGCUCAGGACGAGAAACUGGAAAAAGAAGAAGAAGUAGAGGAAAUGAAGGAGCAUUUCAAGAUGCGGAGGGACAACAUGGCACACAAUAUGGAGGUGCUCCGAGAGGAAAAGGAAAAGGAGAUUGAGAAGUUGAGGGGACUCCUCGAGGAGUCCAACAACAAAUCAUACGGAUUCAGAUCAAGACAAGUCAAACGGAGACUCUUUGAUCGAUUAGACGAUGCAUUGGAAUUUGGAGACGAUGAAGAGCAGAAGCAGGCUCAACGGAAUAUCAAAACGAUGAGUGUCAUGUUGAGGAAUGGAGAGGAAAUCGAGGAGUUGGUCGAUUCGGAGAACUAA